ACAAAAAAUUUCUCGUUUACAUCAAAGUUAGUGUACCAUCCGAACGGAGUCGCUGCAAUCAAUAUACACCACCGCGACACCACCUCUUAAACACCACCCAUAUACAAAAAAAAAUCUAUUUUGACAUUCUCAGAAAGUUUUUUUUUCUUUCACUCGCGAGGUGUUUCGACCCGCAACAAAAAUGUCAAUAAAAUUCGGUAAAUUACUGAUACUGAUAAUUGCGGUGCAAAACAGUGUGCCAGUGUUAUGUCAGCCUGGCUCAAGUGAUUUGCAGCAAGGAUUUACCACCAGAUGCGACGAAUUGUGUUCGAAUGAGAUUCAGGAGGAUUUGAGACCGGACUGUCAGCGAGGAUGCCAGUACUACAAUAUUGAGUUUCUGGUCAGUGCUAGCAAUAAGAAUAAAGUCACCGACCUGGAUACAACCAAUAACAAGUGUCGAUUGUCUUGUCUGGAAGCGUACUCGCUGAGACUGAAAUCGCAAAAUGCUUGCGACAUUGGAUGCGGAAAAAUGAAUGAAUUGCAGAGCACGGCACCGUACAUAAAUGGAUGGUUGGUGUAUAUGGGAGCACCAGACCACAGCAUGGUUCUGUUACAGCCGGAUCUGGACAUUUCAUCGGACGACGACGAUUGGGUGUUAUUGGAUUCAGUGAUGCGGAACAACAACGACUACGACAAAAUAUUCGAGCAAUACAAACUGACCGAAACGCGUAUCCAAACAAUACCGGCACAUGACUGCAAACGGCGAUUUUCGCCUGACUUUUCCUGGCUGUGGAUCUUUCCCGUGCUAGCGCUGAUGUUCGCUACAAUUCGCCUGGUUCAGCGCUACGAUGUGAACAAUUGGAACGAGCAGUACGGCGACAAAUUUCUAACCGACUCGGCAGGCAAACAGAUCGGACCGAACGAUCAUUUCGUCGUCUCGAAUGAUGCAUACUUUUAUCCGUCGCCGGUGAUUCCACCGCCGCAAUAUAAUGAAUCGGUUGAGGCAAUGCUGUUGACCGAUGAUGAUGAUGAUUGUAAUGCACGGAAUGAAUUGAAGUGUUCGGGUCAAAAAUGAGUGGAUUUUGCGACGUGUAGUCGUGUGUGUGUGAGUGUGUGAUGUGUUCGUUUCGGUGUGCACUGCUGGUGAUUCACACUUGAUAUGAUGUUAUGCAACAAAAGAAUUUUUUUUUUGUUUCUAUUUGAAAAUCUCUCUUGAAAAUUUUAAUUUAAAUUUUUGUGAUAUCUGAAAUGCAUUUUUAGUUUUUAGUAAUUGAAUUAUAUUAAUUGAUUCGUUUAUUCUAAGUACAAAUUAUGAUUUAAGCAAAUUAGAUUUUAUUGUUCACGAUUGUGUGGGUGUUUAUACUAUCGAUUUCCUAUAAAAAGAAUAAUUUUUUUAAGGGGAGUUGCGGGAAAUGGCUAAACAGGAAAUGAAAAAAAAAAUUAAAUAUUUUAACCAACUGUUUGUGUAUCUCUCGUAUGAUUGUAGAUACAAAAUGAUUACGAGUCCAAUAUACAUUUACCAGCACCACCAACCAGUUGUAAAAUGUUAAUUCAGUCUAAAUACAGCACAACCAAAGAACACUUUUGUAACAGAAUGCUGUCAAUUGUUCGGGGAAAAACUAAAAGGAAACUCAGUUGGGGACAGGGCCAAUGAAAUAUUUGGAAACAAAUUCGAAUUGUUGGAAUGUAGACGAACUUACGAAAUUUGUGUCUGCUUAUGAAUCGGAGAAGGGUGAACAUCUUCAACUAUUGUGAAGACUAAGCCCAUUUUCAUUUCCCUCAUAAAAUACCACCGAUCAUGAAAUCUUUACAUUUUAUUGAUCCGCCGCUGUUUGAAGCGAUUUUUUUUGUUGUUCUGGCGCUUACAGAACGCUAACGGUGUCAACUGACAUCAUA